AUGAUGAAGCUUGUGCAGAUUCAAGAUAUCAUUCUGACCAUGGAAGUGGUUCGAUUAGUACCAAUAAACACUUCUCCAUGUCUUUUGGUUUGUGGGAUUGUCAAUUAUGCAGGUGGAAUAGACAAACGGCUUUACCAUGAAGACAACACUACUGAGCAGCAGCAUGUAAGGCCAGAGCUUGGGCUUUCUCUGAAGAGAUGUGUCUCUGGGAGUUUAGAGAAGAAUCAAGAUGAAAGCAAGCAUCAAAAGCUUAUUAGCCUCGCUGAUGCAUCAACCUUCUCACGUUCAGGUGAGCCCAAGACACCAAAACAAUCACAUGAAAAGCUAUUAAGAAGAUGUGAUCAGGGAAGCGUUAAACCGAGCAGCAACCAUAAGAAUAUAGGAUCACCAGCUUCUUUUGUCCGGGACUAG